AUCCUCAAGCUCUCCUGCUCACACACCUACCUCUGGGAAGUUGGGCUUCUUGUAAUUGGUGCCUCUUUAUCAUUUGGGUAUUUUGUGUUCAUGGUGCUGUCCUAUGUGCAGACCUUCAGGGCCGUGCUGAGGAUCCCCUCCGAGCAGGGACACCACAAAACCUUUUCCAUGUGUCUCUCCCAUCUGGCCGUGCUCUCCCUCUUUGUCAGAAGUGGCACAUUUGUCCACCUGAAGCCCUCUUCCAUCUCCUCCCCAUCCCUGGAUCUGGUGGUGUCAGUGCUGUACUCGGUGAUGCCUCCAGUAGUGAACCCCCUUAUCUACAGCCUGAGGAACCAGGAGCUCAGGGAUGCUCUGAGGAAGCUGGUGACUGGAUGUGUUUCAGCAGUCAUACCCUGCCUGCUUUCCUCUGUAAAGGGCUCCCAGUGUAGGUCAUGA